GUUGCAGUAGAAUUACACGGGAAAUAGGAGAUGGAGCGGAGGAGCCAAGGAGGGUGAACGCAGAGGCGGAGGAGCACCUAUGGAGAGGCUAACUUUUGUUUGCCAGGUGUUUAACUUGGGCUUGGGCUUGGUAUGAACUCUAUUUUUUUUUUAGUAACUCUGGCCCGUACGUAUAUUAUUUCUGAGUUUGAUUAGGUUUUGAACGGGUUUUCUAGUUGGAUUCAAAUAAAUAUUAACUACUCAACUUUUUGUUUUUGAAUUAUUUUAGAUUUCUAUUUAGUUUAGGUUUAAGAUAUUUGUCUAGUCUAUAUAUAGACGGAUCUUGUAAUCUGUAGGUUAUUUUGUUACAACUUUGAGGAAUUGAAUUCAGGAGAGUUUUUGUAAAGGGUUACAAAAUAUUUAAUUUAGAAUACAUCAAUGGAAGAAGAUUUAGAUGACAUUGAAGCCCUUAAGUAUGAUGAUCUGGAUCAUGUAUCCAAGCUGCAAAAAACCCAGCGUUAUAUUGAUAUCAUGCAGAAAGUUGAAAGUGCACUCGAGAAGGGAUCUGACGUCUCCAAACAUGGUGGUGUCGAUGAUCCAGAAUACAAACUGGUCGUAGACUGCACCACGUUGUUGUUGGAUAUCGAGAAUGAAAUUAUUAUCCUUGGUAAUUUUAUCCGUGACAAGUAUCGACUAAAAUUUCCAGAGCUUGAAUCACUUGUUCAUGAUCCAAUUGAUUAUGCCCGUGUGGUGAAGAAAAUUGGCAAUGAAGUUGAUCUAACACUUGUUGAUCUACAAGGACUAGUGCCCUCGGCUAUUAUUAUGGUUGUUUCACUCACGGCGUCAACCACAAGUGGCAAGCCACUUGUCGCUGAAGAUCUCCACAAGACGGUUGAGGCAUGUGACAUGGCAAUUACAUUAGAUUCGGCGAAGAAGAAGGUUCUUGAUUUUGUACAAAGUAGAAUGGCGUAUAUUGCUCCAAACCUCUCUGCUAUAGUUGGUAGUGCUGUUGCUGCAAAAUUGAUGGCAGCCGCGGGUGGUUUAUCAGCACUGACUGAGAGGCCAGCAUGCAAUAUAAAGUUUCUGGGUGCCAAGAGAAAGAAUUUAGCAGGAUUUUCAACCAUGACUUGUCAGUUUCCUGUAGGGUCGUACAUUGAGCAAACAGAAAUUUUCCAGAGCACUCCUCCUGCUUUAAGAACGUGUGUUUCUCGUCUGUUAGCUUCGAAAUCCACACUUGCUGCACGUGUGGAUUCUGCUGGAGGAGAUGCAACUGGGGGACUGGGAAGUGCUUUGCGCGAGGAGAUACUUAAGAAGAUUGAUAAGUGGCAACAACCGUCUCCCGCAAAGCAAGUGAAACCUCUUCCUGUUCCUUGUACUGAGCCGAAAAAGAAGAGAGGUGGUCGUAGAUUACGGAAAAUGAAAGAAAGAUAUGCUGUAACUGACAUGCGUAAGCUAGCCAACAGGGUGCAAUUUGGAGUUCCAGAAGUGAGCUCUUUGGGAGAUGGUCUUGGGGAAGGAUAUGGAAUGCUGGGCCAGGCUGGGAGUGGAAAGUUGCGUGUAUCAGCAGGUCAGAACAAGCUCACUGCUAAAAUUGCAAAAAAAAUUAAGGAGAGGAGCUUUGGUAGUGGUGCUACCUCCGGACUGACUUCAAGUCUAGCCUUUACCUCUGUUCAGGGGAUUGAGCUCUCCAAUCCAGAGGCACUAGCUAAUCAGCUCGGCAGUGGAACACAAAGCACCUACUUCUGUGAUACAGGAACUUUUUCGAAGAUAAAGAGACAUUGCAAGCCCAUGCAGUGCAACAGGGAAAAAAUAUAUGAAUAGUAAAUAAUGGACAACGAUGGCAAUGAUGAUGGAGAUCAUUCUAGCAAUUAUGGAACAGGAGGAUAACAUCGGUUGUCUAAAGCUCCAUGCUUGAUGCGGUAAAUUAUUAAGAUGUUAUUAAAUUACUAUACUAGAUUUUUCCAAGUAAAAAUAUAUACAAUGUCAAAAUUUUCUAUAGAAAUGCUAAUCUUGUGGGCCUGUUAAUUUAUGAUCAUCUUUUCACUACGUUCUUAGAGGUAAAUGCAGCGGAGGCGGAGCGGCUGUUUACUUAACAAUAUUUGUGUUGAUCAGUGAAUAUCAUAUACAAGAGUCUAAGGUAGCCCAAUAUUUCUUGAUACAUGUUACUACUUUUGCAUAUUUAUACUAUAUUAUAAAAAUCGAAACAUUGAAAGUUUACUGGGUUUGGUUUUCAGUUCCUCGUAAACUUUAAAUUUUUAUCAAAAAAUUUCGAAUUUUAACUUCUUUAAAUUGAAUUUCUAGCUAUGCCCUUAAGUGUGUUCCGCCAAUAUUGUCUUCUUUGAACUGUAUAUGAGCCAGUUAAGGUAGCAAGCUUAGUCAAUUGUAAUUUAAUUUAUUAUUGAUUAGAACUGGUCUUUUGUUAAUUGUUACUUAAAGGCACCAGCAUCCAUCCUGAGGAACUAAGUUUUAACUGCAUUAUUCACGAUAUUGAAGAUAGUAUUGCUUUGAUGGUCAUGAAAUGAUUGAGGAAUCGUCUUCAGGUUAUCAAUUGGGCUUUAAUAAAAGUGUUAUAUAUCUCAUUCUGUAACUUGAGUAUUUUGGUAUUAAACUUGAUCACCUCUAAAACACUGGACAGGAUGCUAGCCAAAACGGUAUCACUUAAAGGAUGACUAGUCUACAGAGAUAUCAUUAAGAAAGUUUAUUUCUAAUUAUUUUUUUUCGGAGCAAAUUGUGUCAGUAGCUUCUGUAGGGUGAGAGUACACGAGUCAUGAUAAAACCCUUUGAGCCAGAAUUGUACUUGUAUAUUACUGUAAUGCUGGCUAUGUUUGGUAAGCUAGAGAUCAACUAAAGUAUUGGUACUUGAAACCCUUUGAGCAAAAAGCGCACAACAAUUUACCACCUUUUGUUUGCUCACAUCCGCCUUGCAUUUUGGUUUUUGUUUUUAUUACUCUUUCAAAUAUUUUGUUUUCUGCUUUUUUACUAGAAAUGCGGUGUAUAUUAUAUUGAUUCUCUGUGCAAUAUAACCAGAUUGAAAGAUCAGGUCGUAAACUUACCUUUGGCUGGAAUAGAGGCUAUCCUAUCAAGGAGGGGAUGAUAUUCAGUUUGAAUCAGAAGGUGCUGUGUGUGCUAAAAUGGGCCUAAUUUAAGAACCCAGGCCUAAAGGAAAUAAAACAAGUAUUGGAAAGACACCUUCAGUAUCUUAUUCGUUUCCAAAAGCUGCAUAAAAUAUCGACAGGCUCCGAGUGGCAUCCAGGAGGGUUCUUGAUGCCCUGUUACUCAGAACUUGGCCAUAACCCUGAUGAAUGCCGCUCCACAACUGAAAUUGAAAUUGGAUGCACGCCGUUGGUAUCCAGUACUUGUUUUCUUUCCUUUAGGCUUGGGUACUUAUAUGCAUCCCACUUCAGCACACCCAAAGUUAUGUUUAAGACCUGCUCUUCCAAACUGGUUUGUCCAAAGUAUGAGUUAAUAUACAAACAUUUCAACCAAAGAAGCAGAGAAUGAAAUAUUAUAGACCCAGUCGUCUAAGUACUUGUUGCUCAAA